AUGCCUUCCAGGUCAGAGGUAACCUGCUUUGGUGCGGGCCCAGCACCUCUUCCUACUGAGGUAAUUGAGGAUGCUGCUCAGGCUCUUGUCAACUUCCGGGACACCGGACUCGGCAUCGCCGAGCAUUCGCACCGGUCGGCGAUGGCUACAAAUAUCAUCAACGAAGCCAAAGCCGACCUGGCGUCGUACCUCGAUAUCCCAGACGAUUACGAGAUUCUCUUCCUCCAUGGCGGUGGGACGGGCGAAUUUGCCGCUACGGCUUACAACUUGGUUGGCGCUUGGGUUGCGCGCAAACACAGCGAGCCUGGUGGCUCAGUACCGGAGCUCCAAUCGGCCGUGAAGGACCUCAAGUUGGACUACAUCGUCACUGGUAGCUGGUCGCAAAAGGCAGCCGCCGAAGCUGAGCGGCUCUUUGGCGCAGAGCAUGUCAACAUUGUGGCCGAUAGCCGCAAGACGAAUGACGGCAAGUUUGGAAAAAUUCCAGAUGAGAGUACCUGGAACCUCACUCCCGGUGCCGCCAUGGUCUAUUACUGCGACAACGAGACGGUUGACGGCGUCGAGUUCCCCGGGUUCCCCAAGUCCCUUGAGCCGGGGCCUGAUGGACCAAUCGUUGUAGCCGACAUGAGCUCCAACAUUCUUUCCAGGACGAUCCCGAUCAAGAAUUUCGCGGCCAUCUUCUUUGGCGCCCAGAAAAACCUCGGAACGACUGGUAUCACCGUCGUGGUCAUCAACAAGAAAUUCCUACCCCCCACGACGUCUCAGCCCCCCCCGACUCUGAUGAGGCAGCUGGGUCUGCCUGUUCCGCCUCGCAUCUUCGAGUACGAGACUAUUGCCAAAAACAACAGCCUCUACAACACACUCAGCAUCUUCGACGUGUACAUCGCCGGUCAAGUUCUCAAGAGGCUGCUGCGACAGAGUCCCAAAGUGCAAGGACAGCAAGCUGUAGCCGAGCAGAAGGCCCAGCUGAUCUACGGCGCCCUCGAGGCGCACCCCGAUAUCUAUCGGAUCAUCCCUGACAAGUCGGCGCGGUCACGUAUGAAUAUCUGCUUCAGAAUCCAGGGCGGAGAUUCGGCAGAGCAAGCCUUCUUGAGCGAGGCUGCUACCCUGGGGUUGACGGGGCUGAAAGGCCACCGUUCUAUCGGCGGCAUUCGCGCCAGUAAUUACAACUCGGUUCCUGUCGAGGGUGCCGAGAAGCUUGCCAAACUGAUUGGCACCUUCGCGGCGAAACAGGGGACUGCCUGA